AUGGCGCCAGAUACAAGUCUCGUCCCUCCUCUUAUAUAUGCAAUGAAGGGGACUUCAAGAGACUUGGUGAUUGGAGCAGAAGCCGUUGAUUCACUGCUUUUAUCUUCAGUGAUUCUGGAAUCAUAUCCUGGAGUUGAUGCCAUCAAUUACAAAAAGAUUGUUUUUACAACUUUGUUUGCACGAGUCUUUCAAACUGCCUGUGGAGUCUUCAGGUUGGGGUUUCUUGUGGAUUUUCUGUCCCAUGCUGCUAUCAUUGGGUUCAUGGCAGGUGCAGCCAUUAUCAUUGAUCUUCAACAGCUAAAGGGAUUAUUUGGGAUCAAGCACUUUACCAACAAAACUGAUUCUACAUAG